AUGGGCCAGGGAAGGAGCAAGGCCAAGAGCGAGGGCAGCGACGAGAGUGAUUCAUCAAAGGACGAGCUGGCCAAGCAGCUGGUGCGGCCGCUCAACCGCCAAUUCGGCAUCCACGACGCCAAGCUGGUGGAGAUCCCGGAAAUCAUCUUCGAAUGGACCGAUUUGGAGGUGCUGCGGCUCGACGUCAAUCUCAUUCGAUGCAUCCCGUCGACCAUUGCGCUCCUGGCGCAGCUCACCGAGCUCACCCUCUCCAGCAAUCGGCUCACCUCGCUCCUGCCCCCCCUCAGUGACAUGGUCGAUCAUCGCGAAACAAAUCGAGAGGGGGAGGAAAAUGGAAAGAAUGGCGAUGUAGAUUCGACGACGUCGAGGAUGGGCGGGCGGGGCAUCUUCGACCUCACAUCGCUCCACAAACUCAAUCUCAAUUCGAAUCAGAUCGAAAGCUUGCCCGAGGAUCUCACCCGGCUCGUCAAUCUUACGCAUCUCAACCUCUCGGCCAAUCGCCUGCAAUCGCUUCCAUCCCUGCGCGGGCUGACCCAACUGAGCGUGCUCGUGGUCACCAUCAACCGGCUCACCUCCCUGCCGCCCUUGCCGUCCUCGCUGGUCGUUCUCGCCGCCGGCCGCAACGACCUGCGACGGUUCGAGCCCGUCGUCAUCUGCGAAGAUGAUGACGACGCCGCGGUCGAAAAGAACGAAGACGAACAAAGAACUUUCACAAAGGCCAAGCAAAGCGAAAGCGACAAAAAGCGAAGCGACAAGAAGCAGAGCAAAAAGAAGUCGGCCAAGAAGAGCAAGGAGAAAGAUGAAGAUGAAGAGGUGGCCGCUACGGAAGACGAGAAAGCGGAGUCGUGGUUCGCUCGGCUGCAGGAGCUGGACCUGAGCGAGAACAAGCUGACCGAGUUCCCGCCGGCCCUGCUGCAGAUGUCGUCCCUCACCGCGCUGCAGCUGGCCUGCAACUACAUCGCCGCCUUUCCGCCGCCGGGCUUCGCGCGGGCGUGGCCGCGGCUCCGUAGCCUGCGCGUCGGGUUCAACGAGCUGACCGACCUGCCCACCGAGGUCCUCGAGCUGCCGGCCCUGCAGCGCUUCGACUUCCUGGGCAAUCCGUUCCAGCUCGACCAGCAGGUGGCGGCCCUGGCGCGCAAGCGGGCCGAGCGGGCGCUGGAGGAAAAAGAACGAAAGCGAAAGGCCGCCGCAGAGGAAGAAGAACGAAAGCGAAGAGACAAGAAAACGAAAAAGGAGAAGAACAAGAGCAAGAACAAGAAGAACGAAGAUGACGUGUUGACCAAGUUGGAGCAGAAGGACCUGAAGCUGGCGCUCGAUGGCGUUGUUCCGCGGCGUGACGGCGAGAGCAGCGAGGAAGAGGAGGAAGAGGCGACGCGAUCGUCGCCGGAGCUCGACGAGAAGGGCGACGAGGCGAAGGCGGGUUGGAUGGUCAUCCGCGACGAGUUCACCAAAAAGGGAGACUGGGACUACAACUCCAUUGACGACAUUAUGCUGCCAGAUGAGAUAUUGCCCGGGCUGUACCUGGGUUCGUGGGUGGGCGCCGUCAACAAGCACCUCCUGCGGCACCUGGGCGUCACGCACAUCCUCACCGUCGCCUCCCAGCUGACGCCCGCCUUCGUCGACCGCUUCACGUACAAGCACGUGGAGAUCGAUGACCUGCACACGGAGAACGUCAUGGAGCACUUCGAGUCGUGCAUCGAGUUCAUCGACCAGGCGAGGCAGGCCCAGUCCAACGUGUUGGCCGAGAAGAUGGGCUGGGAGGCCGCCCUGAACUACGUGCGCGAGCGACGACCCGUCGUGUGCCCCAAUGUCGGCUUCCGAACCCAGCUCCAAACCUGGGAGCAGCGCCUCCGCGCCUGA